CACCACCGCGCAGCCGAACAACAAAGAAGAACACCAAAGACAACACACCUCCCACCACACACCUACCUCUUCAUCUGUUGUCUCUGUUGUCUCUGCUGGUGGUCACGAUGGCGAGCAAGACUCGCACCGUGACGGUGAAGAAGCCUACGGGCGCACGCCGCUUUGAUGCUGUGUACGACAAGGACUACUAUGUCUCCGGCGAACGCGAUCACACCCGCGCCAUGACCCAGGCCAUGACGCGCGAUGCACCAACGGAACCCGUACCAGACUCGCAGAACAUGUUCAGCGAUCUGCGACACUUUCCACGCUCAACCGUGAAGGUGGGGCACCAGCAGGCGCUCCCAGAGUUCGUUGACACGCAGCAUCAAACCGAAACAAGGGCGAUGCAAGCGCAGGCAGACUACGAGCAGGCGCAGCCGCGCGGGCGUGACCUUUUCAAGUAUGCGCACCAACCGCUCACCCCCGUGACGUCGGCCUUCAUGGACUUCAACCCGCUUCUUCGCCUGGACGAAGGCAGCUCAUCCGCCGAGCAGUUGCCGCGAGAACUCCCACCCGGCACCAUGGUCACCACCGCCACACAGACAGACUACAGGGAGUCUGCAACACAGACAGACCCGUACACGCCCGAGUACACCGUGCGGCCAGGGUCAGCACCAGAAGUGCUCACGCUCGCAACACUCUCCUACGGCUACGGGCUGCCUGCUGGCCUGGCUGAGGUUGAGAUGAUUGAGCGAGCGCGGGAGCGGCGGGCGUGGGAGAGUCAGCUGCCGCCGGCUGACGACGCAUAUCGCUCCGUUGAGCGCGCACGUGCCAUGGAGGAGCAGGAACUCCGCGAAUGGAAACACAGGGAGGACCAGAUUCAACAGAUUCAGGACGAGCGACUGCAGCUGCUGCAACAGCUGGUCGUAGAGCUGCAGGAGAAGAAGCAAAUGGCCCAGGACGAGAAGCUUGAGAAGGCGUACCAGCAGCGGCAGGCGGCGCUGGAUCGCCGGCGCGCAAAGGCCGAGCUCGAGGGCGUCAUGCGCUUGAGGAAACUCGCACGCACACGCAGAAACGUCGAGCACUCUCGGGAGCGGCGCAACAUCGUGCGCGAGUAUGCGGACACGGGCUCCCAGACGUUUGCACCUGCUGCCCGCACGGGCGCGGCUGCACGCAUUGCUGCUCAGCGCAAGGCGCCGGUGCGUCCAAGGCAGUUGGGGUCAUAUGACGCCAUUGUGGACCUUGAGGCGAACCUCCCCCGCGCAAUCACCACACCACGCAUCCGCACAGGAUCAAGCAAGCGGCAGCACGGAAAGAGUGCCAAUGCCCGCGCGAAGCUGAAGCAGACGUUGGAGCGCCUGGACGAAACGUUUAGCAUGCAGCGCCAGGGCACCCUGCCUGUCCUUCCACCCAUUCGCUCCAUUGAGAAGGUCGAGAAGCCCAAGGAACGCCCACCAACGCCGGAAGUGAACGCGCCAUGCGAGGCAGACCAGCGCAAGGAGCAGGCGGUGAUGCUGCUGCAGAGCCUGAUCCGCGGCCGUGCUGCCCAGAACGAGAUGUACGAGGGCAAGGAGCGGCGGCGCGACAUGAUCACGGAACUGCGCACCACACACGCGCUGUCCAAAGCCCAGCAGGAGAUCAAGGAGAAGGAGAAGCAGGACGCCCUCAAGCUCCGCGAGCGCCAGGCUGUGGAGCGGCGGCGGCGGCAGCUGCUUGACUGGGUGGUGACAGACGUGCAGGCGGAGCAAGUUGGCGGCACCAUUGAUUUCCUCAGCAAGGAGCUCGUCAGGCUGCAGGAGGAGCGGCGUGUGCACGCGUUUGCGAUGUUGGCUGAGCGGGAGCGGCGGCUGCGAGAGGCGGAGGAGGCCGGACGACGGCAGCAGGAGGAGAAGCAGCGCGCACUCAACGACGAAGUGUUUCGGCAGGUCAUGGACGUGCACCGCGGCACGCUCGACUCAUACCUGGAGGACAUCAUCAUGGAGUCUGAGGAGCAGGUUGCCGACGAGCAAGCGCGCGCUACGGUGCGGGAGCGCGUGUCGCAGAUCAACAAAGUUGCGGAUGAGAUGCACGCGUCCGGAUAUGACGCCACGGAGGAGGGCGCAGCCCAAAUCACAGCGGACCUCGUGUCGUCGUUCCUGCUGCCCGAGGUUGAGCGAGAGGCGAAGCGAAGGGAAGUGCAGCGCCACCAGCGUCGCUUCCUCGUCGCCGCUCACAAGAUGGCGACUGAGGCGUCUUCCCAGACGGAGAGCAAGCGGCGCCCGCAGUCAAGCGCAGCACAACAACAGCAGCAGCAAGAGGAUGAAGGCGCUGAAACCACCACCACUGACGCCACCACCACCGCUGAUGUGGAUGGUGGAGCUGCCGCCACAUCAGAGGCGUGAUGUGAUAUUGGUGCAAUUAUGGCCUGGUUUUGCGCUUGUGUUGCGUGUGUGUAUGUGUGUUUGCUUCAUUCACUGCAUUCGUGUCAUGUGGUUUAACUUCUGCUCGUUCUUGUUGAUGUGCGUGUGACAUCUUAUUCAAUCAACGCAGUACAUAACAUUGUGCAAGCUGUGGCACAAAACAAAACGACAA